UAAAAACAUGGCAGAGAGACAGAGGCACCGAGAGGACCGUAACGAGUCAACAGUGCCUAAACAAGCACACGGAAAGUCUGAAAAAGACUCAUUAAAUGAUACUGGGCUUUUCCCCAAACUCUUGUCCGCGGUCUUUUACGGACUCAGCUCUUUUCUCAUUGUGGUCGUCAACAAAAGCGUCCUGACUAACUACAGUUUUCCAUCAUCAACAUGUGUUGGAAUCGGCCAGAUGUUUGCUACAAUCUUAGUUUUGAGGCUUGGGAAGAUGUUUGGUGUGAUCUCAUUUCCAGGUAUAAGUUUAAGUAUACCAAGAAAGAUGUUUCCUUUGCCUUUGCUUUAUGUUGGCAAUCAAAUCUCGGGACUCUUUGGAACACAAAAGCUCAAUUUACCCAUGUUCACUGUUCUGAGGAGAUUUAGUAUUUUACUGACAAUGGUAUUUGAAGGUGUCCUACUCAAAAAAUCUUUUUCUACUUCCAUAAAAAUGACAGUGUUUACCAUGAUCUUUGGAGCCUUUGUUGCUGCCAGCUCUGAUUUAGCCUUUGAUAUAGAGGGAUAUAUUUUUGUAAUGCUGAACAAUGUUAUGACAGCAGCCAAUGGAGCUUAUACAAAACAGAAACUUGAGUCCAGGGAACUUGGUAAAUAUGGACUUCUCUACUACAAUGCUUUGAUUAUGAUUUUUCCCACUGUGGCAUACUCGUACUACGUUGGUGAUUUGCAAAUGGGCCUGGAGUUUGGUGGAUGGACAGAUGUGAUGUUCGUCUUGCAGUUUGUGCUUUCAUGUGUCAUGGGCUUUAUUUUGAUGUACUCCAUCUUGCUGUGCACACAGUACAAUUCAGCACUUACCACAAGUAUAAUAGGCUGCAUCAAGAAUAUCCUGGUGACAUACAUUGGGAUGGUAUUUGGAGGAGAUUACAUUUUCACCUGGACUAACUUUCUUGGUCUCAAUAUCAGUAUUGCUGGCAGCCUGGUGUAUUCAUACCUCACUUUUACACAAGACAAAAUAAAAAAUGCAUGACAAGAGUGAAGGCCUAUUUUGAAGAGGAUUAAGCAGCACUAAUCAUCAUAACCUUUUUAUAGAUUACAGAUUUUUGAGUUUUAGCCACGUAUAUCCAUAAGCAUGUCAAAAAGACUUUUUUUUUUUAAAUUUAAGUGGUGUCUCAUUUUAUUGUAUUUUUACAAAUAAAAAAAUAUAAUAAAAAGUACUGUUUACAAAUAUUA